GUGACUUGGAAGCGUUUGUGUUGCUGCGGGGUGUAAGCAGUACUCAGCGCACGCACAGACUAUGCCAAUUUCAUCUGGUAAACCCUGCCCUCUGGUUCCAUCACAGUUAUCUAGGGCUCAGUGCUUAGUUACCUAAUAGAAGAUCUCCUUAUUCCGUUUUGAAUGGUUCUCAGCUUUCAAAUUUUUCCAAAGUAGACCUUUUAUAAUUAAAAUAAGAAACUUGAAAGUUAAGUUUUGACUGUGGGUAAGCAUAUAAAAUAUACACAUAAGGUCAGGAGUCUUAAAAAAAUCUCCUAUUUGCUGACUAUGUGUCUAUAAGAUUUCAUACUUUUGAAUUAGAUAUUUGUUGAAAUCAGGUAUUACAUCUUACUUUUGAAAUAAACAUUUAUAUAUGUAGUUGCUUUGGACUUUGAAGCUGUGCCUUGUUUAUUAAUAUAGUUUCCUCGAAAGAGAAGCUGGAGACUAGCAGAGUUCAAAACAUAUUAGGGAGGUAUUAAUUCAGUCCUUCUUAAAGGUGGACAAACAGCUCUUUUUAGUUUUUGUAAUUCACACCUGUGAUUAUAUUUCUUCCAAAAUAUUACAUGAAGUGUAUCAGGAUUUAUUUUUUCACAAAAGUUAAUUCAAUGUUAGAUAUGCAAGAGGAAAUAUGAAUGAAAAUUAACAAAUGUUUGGAUGACAUAAAAGUAUGAGCAAACAGGCACACUCAUACCAUUUUUCAUGAGAACUGUAUUUUGUGCAUCACUUAUAAAGUCACUAAAAUUUGUAUAUCUAGGUGUUAUAACUGAUGUAGCCCUAAUUUCCAGGACAUGUUUAAUUAGCAGAUGGUUUUAAACUCACUGAUAUUUGGUCAUCAUCAUAAGAUGUAUGUAUACAUGUAUGUGUGUGUAUAUGUAUGUGUAUAUAUUAUAUAUGUGUUUGUAUAAAUUAUAUGUGUGUAUAUAUACACACACAUAUAAAUACACACCUACAUAUACAAUUUGCAGAUAGAAUUACAUAUAAUUUGAGAAAAAAACUUUUUAUAUGUCUGAAGUUCAAAAACAGAAUUAUUUCAUGUUAAACAAUUUAUUAGGAAAUGGGAGGGUGCAAAACAGACAUUGUUUUUUGCUCUUUAAAUGGACAUUUUAUAUUACUAGGGAUUUCCUUUGAAGAAAAAGAGUUGAAUUUUAAGACUUCAUGACAUUUGUCCCUUAGUUUUUCUACCCAGUCCCAGCAAUCCAUCAGUCAUGAAUACUGAAGAUCACUGUCCUUGUUUUUCUUCCUCUUUAUUCUUUCCUUAAAUAAAAAACAUAUUUUUACUUUUAAAAAUGCAAAUCAAUGAUCUAUUUCCCUGGCAGUUACAUUUAACAACAGUUCUUUCUUUGGAUUAUUUUUGGAAAAUGUUUCUUUAAAAAAUAAUUCUGCCAGAAACAGUUAUAUCAUACAUCUUCAAUGAUCACUGAAUUCUAUUUCAAAAAGAACUAAACAUUUCUACCUAAGAUAUCCACAUGACAGCUAACAUAAGGAUUGAAGCUGAUCAAAGGUAAGCUUUUUAAUUUUUAUUCAAAUUUAGUCAGUAUUCAUAUUUAAUUAAAAAAGAACUGAUCAUUUUACCAACCUUUAUCAUUAGCAGGAAUAUACAUUUUAUUCAAUACCAGAGGUCGUUUGCAGAUCCAUUCUUAAUUAUGCAAAAAACCCUUAUAACACAGGUAUGUAUUAAUCUAUAUUUAUCAUAUAUAGUAUGUUAUAUAGACAGCAGUAUAAAAAGCGCCAUUUAGAUUAAGACUAUUAUUUUGACAAUGCUGGUUUUUAAAAGCAUGUGACUUAGACAACAUCUUUCUUUUUAAAAAGAACUGUUUGCAAUGUCUUGAUGUUAGCAGCCAUAGCAGUCUUAUAAGUAGUUCUCUUAGCCAAGAUGAGGCAUAUUAAAUGUUUGGAUAGCUGUAAAAAAUAUAGACUUCAUAAUAUUACUGUUAGGGACCAACUCUUGAAGAAGGGAGGCUGUUAAGUGUUCUGAGGUCUGGUGAAUUUAUUAUUCAUUUAUAAGACUGCAACUUCAUGAACUUUUUCCCUUACCUCACUAGGUUUUCCAUAUUACUUAAGGAUCUUUUUCUAUAAGAAACUUGGGUUGAUCCAAAAAGUAGUACUUUGGCAAGUCCAGUUUUCCAUAUUACUUUAAUCUAAACCCACUGAACAAUAUUGGCUAAAACCCAAGCAGAUAUUUUUUGACAGUGGCUGGAUUGUGUCUGUUAUGAGAGGAAACAGGUGAGAAAGUGUCUAGACUGGAAAGACCCCAGAAUCUUCCAGCUAGAGAUGCUGGGAAAUUAUAAUCCUGAAAAUUAUAGAUCCUGAAAAUUAUUAGGGGUAUGAAAUUUGUGAGUCUUGCAUUUGAGCACUAAGUUUAAUAUCGCUUAAUGUAGGUAGGUUAACUGAAAUUGGCAGUCUUUGCUAUGUUUAUGUUUCCCUGUGUUCCAUUUUCUUAUUUGUUUCUAGUUUACUGUAUCUCUGAAUAUCAUGUGGCUCUUUCUUAACUGCCUUUAAUCUCCCCUGUGUAAAGACAUAAAGCAGUGAAUUUAAUGACAACUCCUGGGUGUUUUGGGUAAUAUGUUAUGCAUGAAUGGGCGUUUUUGAUUGCCUAUGUCUGUUGUCAAUGUUUUGAAAUUUUUUCAGCUAUUCUCAUGUUCGUUUAUUGAGGAUUUGAAAUCAUUUGGAUUUGGACCACUCAGUGUGCAUAUGUUACUGAGGUGUGGGAUAAAAUGCAACCAUAAAUUUCAAAUUGAGUGUGUGAAAGAGGGGGAAGAGAAAUAUCAAAUGAAGGGGAAAGAAAAAAAAAUCCACCAGAUGACAAAAUCUUGUAUUUUAAAGACUGACUGAAAUAGUACCUUUUCUGUGCUUGGCACUAUAUUAGGAGCUGAGGAUACAAGAUCUAAGCACAACUAUCAAUGCAGAACACAGAACAUGGCCUGAUACCCAGUAGUGCCAUUGCUGGAUCAAAAUGGUAGAUAUGGAGGUUUCUCAAAGAUCUCCAACCUUUAGAGGCCUGGUGGAAGAGGAGGAACAAGCAAAGCACAGUGAAGAGUCCUUAAGAACGUAUUACAGGAUGGGAAAUGAGAAAUAACUGCAGUGCAAGCCUGAUGAAUGUAAUUCACCUUGGGGAAUAGGUGUCACCCUGAGCAACACCAGUACUGUCUCCUCAAAUAUGAGCCAAAAGGUGUGUCUCAGGCAGUUUCGACGAGAGUUUCUCCCUACACUUCUAGAAAUUUGCAAGACAAGUUUACAGAAAUUACUCCUCUUUAUUUCCCAGUAAAGAUAAUGUAAUAGAUCUAUAGAAUAUUAGAAUAGUCUUCUGGCCAGCGGAGGACUUGAGGGAAAUAAUUAAAAUCCACACAUUCUUUCCUUUUAUGGAACAAAUAAAAUGUACAAGCAAUGUCCUUGUGGAAUCCACUGUACUGGGCCAGCAUGAUAUGGCUGUAAUCUUAGUUGUGGUUUCCAAAUUUAGCUUGCUUGGGACAAUUUCUUUUUGGUACUUUGCUGGUGAACAGGAUAUGUGAUACCAUUAAUUUAGCCUUUAUCAAAAACUAGUUCAAGACCAAUAGCUCCUUCUAGAACACAACAUUUUAGCAGAAUAGAGCAAUAUUUCCCUAAGUAAUAGGUCAUAUUUCACAGAGGAGUGUUAGUUUUCUGGGGUAGUGGGUAUAAUUAAAAAAAAGUGAUAGGUAGAUAGAAAGAUAGGUAGGUAGGUAGAUUAGAUUAAAUUGGAUUAGAUUUGAUGAGAUAGAUAGGUUUUGUGUUCAGGGGAAAAGGAGGUUAAGCAAGCCUAAGUAGGUUUUUUGGUUGAAGGUCUUCUCAGAACUUCUAAUGUGUCAAUAUGCCUUGUAGAUCUCUAAGUGGCAGGGGCAGAGAUUGGGGUACAGAUUUCCCAAACGUAUUUGUUUAAGAAACCUGCUUUUCUCCCCCAGAAUCUUUUGUGGAAGUUUUGCCUCAUGAAACACAAUUUCAGAAAUAAUUUAUAAAUGAUGACUGUGUAGAAUGUUUUUCUUGUUAGGGUUUUCAGUUUAGGUAAGGCCAAGGCAUUUUUUUAAUAACACAUUGAAAACUAGAUAUGAUAUCAAGAGAAAAAGAGUUAUGCUUGGCUACUUAGAAUGAUGUAUUAUUUUUAAUAAAUAUGUAUCUUCUGUCAUCAGUAUUACUAUUCCUUGUAGGGUAUUUUUUAUGCCCAACGCUAAUAUGCUAUGACUUGGUAAAACUAAUUUCCCCUAGGAUUUAAAUAACCAGAUUAAUAAAUCGUGAGUUGUAGAGAGUCUUGGAAUUGCCUGAAUUGGCAUUAAAAUAUUUGUUUUGAAAAAUGUAUUUUUAACCUUGGUUUUACAUAACCAAGGACAUAUACCACAUUAUAAAUAUUGUGAUGGUUUAUUUUUCCAAACUUUUCUGAAUGUGGGGUACCCAUUGAGUAAUAAUGCACAUCGCCAAUGAAUUUGUAAAAAUUGACAUGAUGAGUAGAAUUGCAGAAUUCAAAGAUGAUGAUGAUUAUUUUUGAAACAGUGAUGUUUCUAGAAUUGUUAAAUUAUAUAUCAACGUGUUAACUGCAACUUCUCAUGUUUAAUGAUGUUUACAAUUAAUACAAUACCAUACUCGCCAGUAUAAGACUAACAGUCAUCAUUAACUCAGAAUAGAUUCUUUGAAGUGGUUCAAAGGGCUUUUCAUAAUAAAUAACUAGCCUCUAAUCAGCUAAUAUAAAGUGGGUAUUUUUUAGGAUGUGAGAAGUACUGGUGUGUCUGAUACAACAUAUAAUUUGGGUUAACAAAAUGAGUUUGAAUGAUCCAGAUUCUCUACCCCAAGUCAGAAAGAAGUCCGACAUUCCAGUGAAAGCUUUAUUUAGACAGAGAUGAGGAGUCUUUGAGAUAACAGGCUUUGGACUGUGCUAUCUUGAGUGUUAGAGCUGAGUAGUUUUUGUGGAAUCUCUAAGUCCUUUUUAUACUCUUUUAUGAAUGAAUAGAAUUAGUAAAAGAUAAAUAAAUUUUCUCUUUUGGAUUUCUUAACCAGUGGAAAAAAUGUUGACUUUAAAAGUUCAUAAAAUCAAGUUUUGCCCAAGAAUAUGUUAUGUCCACUUGUGAGGCCAGCCUGGUAGACCUCUGGGAUCCUGUUCUGUUCACUCACACACCACUGAGAUAAGCAGUGAAGUGUGGGCUAAAUAGGGCUGAGGCUUGGGCAAGGUCGUUUCGAACAGAGCACUAGAGACAUCAGCAUCUCAAGGGCGCUGUGGUACGAAAAAGGACGCCACAUGAGUAAAUUUUAAAAAUAAAUAUUUUAAAGGGUAAAAAUGAGGGUCCCUGUAUUUGAGGAUGUAAAAGAUGAAACUGAAGAAGAAACAACAGGGGAAGAAGAAAAUGAAGAAGACCGGGUCUUCUAUAAGCCUGUUAUUGAAGACUUAAGCAUGGAAUUGGCCAGAAAAUGCACGCAACUCAUUAGUGAUAUCCAUUAUAAAGAAGAGUUUAAAAAGUCCAAGGAUAAGUGUACAUUUGUGACUGACACUCCUAUGCUAAACCAUGUAAAAAAUAUUGGUGCUUUUAUUUCUGAGGCAAAAUAUAAAGGCACCAUUAAAGCAGAUCUUUCUAAUUCUCUUUAUAAGCGGAUGCCAGCCACGAUUGACAGUGUUUUUGCAAGAGAAGUUACACAGCUCCAGAGUGCGGUGGCCUACAAGCAGAAACAUGAUGCUGCCAAAGGAUUCUCAGAUUAUGCCCACAUGAAGGAGCCCCCUGAGGUUAAACAUGCCAUGGAGGUCAAUAAACACCAAAGUAAUAUUUCUUAUAGGAAAGACGUGCAGGACACUCACACCUACAGUGCAGAGCUCAACCGACCAGACAUCAAGAUGGCAACCCAGAUCUCUAAGAUCAUAAGCAAUGCAGAAUACAAGAAAGGACAAGGAAUAAUGAAUAAAGAGCCCGCUGUAAUUGGAAGACCAGAUUUUGAACAUGCCGUGGAAGCUUCUAAACUUUCUAGUCAAAUUAAAUACAAAGAAAAAUUUGAUAAUGAAAUGAAGGAUAAGAAACAUCAUUACAAUCCUCUUGAAAGUGCUUCUUUUAGGCAGAAUCAGCUUGCUGCUACAUUGGCAAGCAAUGUGAAGUACAAGAAAGACAUUCAAGAUAUGCAUGAUCCAGUUUCAGAUCUCCCAAAUUUGUUGUUUUUAGACCAUGUUUUGAAAGCCAGCAAAAUGCUCAGCUGCCGAGAAUAUAAAAAGAUCUUUGAGGAAAACAAAGGAAUGUAUCAUUUUGAUGCAGAUGCUGUGGAACAUCUGCACCAUAAAGGCAAUGCCAUCCUCCAAAGUCAGGUUAAAUACAAAGAAGAAUAUGAGAAAAAUAAGGGAAAGCCAAUGCUUGAAUUUGUUGAGACACCAUCGUAUCAAGCUUCAAAGGAGGCUCAAAAGAUGCAAAGUGAAAAAAUUUACAAAGAGGAUUUUGAGAAGGAGAUUAAAGGAAGGUCAUCACUGGAUUUAGACAAGACUCCAGAAUUUUUACAUGUAAAGUACAUCACCAACCUUCUGAGGGAGAAAGAAUAUAAAAAAGAUUUGGAAAAUGAAAUAAAAGGGAAAGGAAUGGAACUUAAUUCAGAAGUUCUUGACAUCCAAAGAGCAAAGCGAGCCUCGGAAAUGGCGAGUGAGAAAGAAUACAAGAAAGACCUGGAGUCAAUAAUUAAAGGGAAGGGAAUGCAAGCUGGCCCUGACACCCUUGAAAUGCGGCAUGCCAAGAAGGCGGCAGAGAUCGUGAGUGAGAAAGACUAUAAAAGAGAUCUGGAGACUGAAAUUAAAGGGAAAGGGAUGCAGGUGAGCACGGACACUCUUGAUGUCCAGAGAGCUAAGAAAGCAUCCGAGAUGGCCAGCCAGAAACAAUACAAGAAGGACUUAGAAAAUGAAAUUAAAGGGAGAGGAAUGCAAGUGAGCAUGGAUAUCCCAGAUAUCCUUCGAGCCAAGAGGACAUCUGAAAUCUAUAGCCAGAGAAAGUAUAAAGAUGAAGCAGAGAAGAUGCUUUCUAACUAUUCUACCAUAGCAGAUACUCCUGAAAUUCGGAGAAUUAAGACAACUCAACAAAACAUUAGUGUGGUAUUUUAUAAGAAAGAAGUAGGAGCUGGCACUGCAGUAAAACAUACCCCAGAGAUCGAACGAGUGAAGAAAAAUCAGCAGAAUAUUAGUUCAGUGAAAUACAAAGAAGAGAUUAAACAUGCAACAGCCAUUUCCGAUCCUCCAGAACUAAAGAGAGUUAAAGAAAACCAGAAGAACAUCAGCAAUCUCCAGUAUAAAGAGCAAAAUUACAAAGCCACUCCGGUAAGCAUGACCCUGGAGAUGGAGAGAGUGAGGCGAAACCAGGAGCAGCUGAGUGCGGUAAAAUAUAAGGGAGAACUUCAACGGGGAACUGCAAUUUCUGAUCCACCAGAGCUGAAGAGGGCAAAAGAAAACCAGAAGAACAUCAGCAAUAUUUAUUACAAAGGUCAUCUGGGAAGAGCUACUGCUUUAAGUGUAACUCCUGAAAUGGAAAGAGUGAAGAAGAAUCAAGAAAAUAUUAGCUCGGUAAAAUAUACCCAGGACCGUAAACAGAUGAAAGGUAGACCAAGUCUGAUUUUAGAUACACCUGCUAUGAGACAUGUUAAAGAAGCACAAAAUCAUAUUUCAAUGGUAAAAUACCAUGAAGAUUUUGAAAAAACCAAGGGGAGAGGCUUUACUCCUGUCGUGGAUGAUCCGGUGACAGAGAGAGUGAGGAAGAACACCCAGGUGGUCAGCGAUGCUGCCUAUAAAGGGGUCCACCCUCACAUCGUGGAGAUGGACAGAAGACCUGGAAUCAUUGUUGACCUCAAAGUUUGGCGCACAGAUCCUGGCUCCGUCUUCGACCUCGAUCCCCUGGAAGACAAUAUUCAGUCUAGAAGCCUACAUAUGCUGUCUGAAAAGGCGAGUCACUGUAGGCGACAUUGGUCUCGAUCCCAUUCCAGCAGUACUUUUGGUACAGGUCUCGGAGACGACAGGUCAGAAAUCUCAGAGAUUUACCCUAGCUUUUCAUGCUGCAGUGAGGUAACAAGACCGUCUGAUGAAGGAGCACCUGUUCUUCCCGGAGCCUAUCAGCAAAGCCAUUCCCAAGGCUAUGGCUACAUGCACCAGACCAGUGUGUCAUCCAUGAGAUCAAUGCAGCAUUCACCAAAUCUAAGGACCUACCGAGCCAUGUAUGAUUACAGUGCCCAGGAUGAAGACGAGGUCUCCUUUCGAGACGGCGACUACAUUGUCAACGUGCAGCCCAUUGACGAUGGCUGGAUGUACGGCACAGUGCAGAGAACAGGGAGAACAGGAAUGCUCCCAGCGAAUUACAUUGAGUUUGUUAAUUAAUUAUUUCUCCCUGCCCUUUGAGCUUUAUUCUAAUGUAUCCUAAACCUAAUCUUUUUAAAAGAUAGAAGAUACUUUUAAGACAACUUGGCCAUUAUUUUACAAUGAUGUAUCCUUCCUUUGACAAUUAGACACACAGGUACCAGGAAGAAGGAAUGACCUCUGGGCUGAAAACAGCAGCAUUUUCAGUAAUUCCUACAAACGAAAAUCAUUGUGUCUGGACACCUGGUGCUGCUAAUUGUGUUCAUGGUUUCCUUUGAUUGGCUAUUGAACCCUUCUGGGAAAUGUAUUUUUGUAGACUUUACUAGAGAUGUUGAUUGUCCCUUAAAUGUAGCGUGUAUAUGAAACUUCUUAGCUGUCACUUUGGAAUCACCCCAAGCCAAUUCUCUUAACUUGGUAAUGCAGCCAAUAAUUUAAAACCCAUUUUGCUUUUGAGUCAUGAGGCAAUUUCCAAUAUUAGUGAAAAUUGCCCAAUAUAACAAGUGUAAACAGUGGCAGAAGGACAGUCUGGUUAAAAUUAUAUUGACUGGUGGCCUUAGGGAUCUAGAAACUUCUACUAAACAGAGAAAUUUCCUUGUUCCCUAGGCUGACUGGGAUCUAUUUAUUUCUCAUUUGUACCAAGGCGUCUCCUACUCUCCAUUUAUAUUCUAUGGACCCAAGUCUAUGCUCCGUUCCACGGAACGCCAGGACCAAAUAACUUCACAGCUACUCUGCAAAGGGCAAAUUAUAGUGUCAUUGAUAUAAUUUCCCUAGUAGCACCUACCCUGUUGCAUGUCAUGUAGAUUCAAGCUUCUGUAACAUAGGCAGCUGCACUGCGCGUUCCUAUUAUUGAAGCAAAAAGGGUGACUGAUACCUAAAAACCCUUUCUUCCUCUAGUCGCCAGCUCAUCAGAAAACCAUCCUUUGAAAAGAUGCUUGAGAUUUUCCUCCUGCAUUGCACUCUAGUUUUGAAGGAUUUACACCUUAGGAAAUAACAUGUAUAAUCUAGUAAAUAAGCGAUUUAGGUGUUCUGUUGAACAGCUUUGAUUAACUUAAUGCCACCAUUGAUUUCAAAGUGAAGAAAAUGUAACAGGAGCCAAUGAAGCAAUGGAAGCUGGAGUGUGACUGGAAAAAUACCCGGCAAACAAAGUUACCAAUUCCAUACAGAGAUGAUCUGGUGUCUUCUUUUGGAAAAUGGUAUUCAAAUUCUGGAAUGGAAAUCUAGCCACCAAAACUGGUUAAUCAAAAGACGUCCUUUUCCGUCUUCUGGCUUUUAUUUUCUAAAUCAUGUUUAAGGGAAUGAAACAGGAAUGUCAUCAGAGAUUUUUCAGUACAGGCCCAAGAGCCUGUUCUCUAAGAAAGAAAUCGUUGUCAUGUUUUGAUUUUUGAAUAAGUGACUUUGCAGGCUUUCACUAGCCCUUGCUGGUGGGUCUUGAAAUUUCAUCCAGAGCCUGCAGUCAAGGUCACCAAGCCACUGGCGUCCAUCAGCAAGCCUGUGUCUUUCUGAUUGUGCCGUUUACUGUGACCUGCAACAGGGUAGCAUUUAUUUAGGGUCUGAUUUCACAGUUAUGAUAAAACCGAAAAAGCAAACAUUGCGAAAAUGUACUAAAAUGUAUGGGUUUUGGGGAUAUCUGCCUUAUAUGUUAUAUUCAAGGAAAUUAACAAAACAUCCUGUAAAACAUCUUUUAAGGAAGCGUUUACUAGUCCAAAGGCCAAAGCUAAUUUAUUUACACUUUAGAAAAGUUAGCACAUGCUUUUGAAAAUCUGUGAUUUCAUUUUAUUAGGCUGAAAGAGCAAAUAAGCUUUAUUACACUGAAGCAGCAUUUAUAUGUCACUGACAUAAAGUUGAAAAAAUAAAUGCAGGCAAAUAACUAGAGACUUCUUUAAAGGGAGUUUGGCUGGUUUUCUCUCAUUGAAAUGGUCAGUCAUGAUUAAAGUGAUAAAACCCCUUAUCUGUUUUGGUACAUUGUACACAACCCUACAAAAAUAAACUGAACUUGCAAUAUUUUUGCAAGAAUAUCUGUCAUUAAAACUGAGGAUAAAAUACCUGCUUAAUUUUAUUUUACUAAGUAUAUAUUUACGUUUCACCAGGGCAGGCCAUUUUCUUUUGUGAUUAUAAGAAAGAGUAGUUGUUGAUUAAAUGUUCAGACUAAAUGUAGGACAGGUACAAUUUUGGGAUAAAUAGCACAUUUAUAGGAACCGCGAUGAAAACUGACUUGAAAUAAUGCUUGUAAUCAGGAAAGUAAUUUCAUCCACCCAUUUCAAAACCAGAUUCACUGAACAUAAAAGUCAAUACAUAUUUGAGGAAUAAGUCUCCUAAAAGUUUAAGCUUCAUGUAAUAGUGUUUGCAUAGCAAAAUAUUUCUGCUUCAAGCCUUUAGGAAUUAAGAUCUGAUCAGAAUUCAACUAGAGGGUAGUUAUUUUACAAUGAAGACUGAAACUGAACAAGAUGUUGCAUGCUUUUGAGGCCAUAAUUUGGUAGUGUUGGCAGUUGUUAAUAAAGCUUGUCAGGAUGUUAAGAAUCUCAGGAGAAAUAUUGGAAAGGUAUAUGUAUAAAACCAAAGUGCUAUUUUUAAAAGCAUCAUUUAAACAAAAUUACAUGCCUGAACAACUUUUCCACUUUCCAUGUCCUUCCCUCCCACCUUCAAUGGGGCAACAAGUAUCUUGUGCAUAAAGCUGACAGCUAAAGAAGAUUUUAAAAAUUGAGUUAAAGAUGACUGUGUAAAUGUCCAAGCACAGAGAGCAUGCACCUGUCUUUCUGAAGUUUGAUGUGUUCUCAAGCCUGACAGAAGCACAAGGAACAGUUUGAUACACUUUUAAAAGGUUCUGAAAACAAAGCUGUAUGGGGAUCCUCUCUCUUUCUCUCAAGCAAAGUAUAGCAACAGAAUAUAUUGCUUUUGUCGUAAGCUUUUGUAGUAUGUUUUUACUGAUAAUUCUUGUUGUCUAGAAAGCUUUCUAUUUCUAACCUAUGGCAAAAUGAAUCCUUCAUGUCUUCUUGUUAUUGUUUACAUACUUGCAGUGUAGCCCAGUUUGAAAUAUUUAUCUGGUUAUCAAAUGUCCAUGGAGGAGGCUCUUGAUGAUCCCAGGUCUCCCCGACCUCCAUACACCACACAGGCAUUUGUAAGCACAGUUUCCUCAAGCACCUUGUAGGAAUAUGGAUAAGAUUAGACCAGCCCCUCUCUGGCCACUGGGUUUAUUUCUUGAAGAAGAUGCAGAUCUGGUUUUUCCAAUGUGCCACAGUCUUUUUACCUCUUCUCCAUGCUGAGCUUGACAGCACUCUGGGAAUGAGGAACGAGACUUUUCUAAAAAGACAGUGGAAGUUCAAAGGGUGUACCUUGUUUUCAGGUUCAUCCAUCUCCAGUGGAAUGUUUUAAAUAAAAGGUGAAGAAAACGUGUGUGAUCUUUAAUAACACAUCCCUAUAGAAAGUGGAUAAAAUAUAUACCAAAACUAUAAUACAGAUAUAUACAAAUAUAGGUGCCUUUUUGAUUACUCUUGUUUGUCUAGUAUGGUCUUGGAAAGAAAACCAAGCAAGAAAGUUGCUGCGUAUUCUGUAGUAAUAUUUUAUUACACAUGAUUGAUAUUUUUGUGGUAGGGAAGUAGGAUGCUCCUGACAGAUAUUAAAGGUGUUAGCUGAUGAUUGUAUUUUAUCUCUAAAGAUUUAGAACUUUAGAAAAUGCCCACUUCUUCCCGCUAUUUCUGAAAGGUUCUUUGUGGAUUUAUAUACAGUUGAGCUAUAUAAACAUUAACUUUAGAUUUGGGAUUUAAAAUGCCUAUUGUAAGAUAGAAUAAUUAUGAGGCUGGAUUCACUACACAAGAUGAACUUCACUUCAUAAAUUAAUUAUACCUUAGCGAUUUGUUUCUGAUAAUCUAAAAGUGGCUAGAUUGUGGUUGUUUUGGGUAACAUGAUAUGGAGGUGGGAGAGCUUUUAGUUAAGUAAGAAGCUAUGUAAACUAACAAGGAUGCUAAAAUAAAAGUCUCUGAAGUAUUCCAUGCCUUUUGGACCCUUUCCUGGCAACUAACUGUCAACUAUUGAUCAAAAAAGUCAAGGCAUUGUAUGUUGCUUCUGUGGUUAUUAUUUCAUGAUGCUUAGACUACUUGAAUCCAUAAACUUGGAAGAAUCUUUGAGCAAAUUUUCUCAAUUGUCUGUAUGACUUCAGUAUAUUCAUGGGAAUUCCAUAGGAUUUUUGUGUUUGAUAUAUGGUAUCCAGUUUGCAUAGUAUCUACUUCUUUGUAAUCCAGUUGCUGUUAAGAAUGAUGUACUUUAAAGGAAAAGAGAAAACUGCAUCACAGUCCCAUUCUCCAGUGUCCAUGCAAUGAAUUGCUGAGCAUUUAGGAAGCAUCACCAGGUGUAUUACAGGCAUGAUGUGAAACUUGAUAUUUGACCUGUGAUCAAAAUUGAACCAUUGUGCAGUUUGGCUUCUAUUUGCUUCAAAAUAUGUAGAAUUGUGGUUGAUGAUUAAUUUGCAAGACUAACUUUGAGAGUGUAACAGUUUUGAAGAAAACAUUGAAUGUUUUCCAAAUGAAGGGGCUUCACAGAAUGUUACAAUGUUAUUAAUAUAAUUUGGCUUUUGUUAUGCAAAUUGUUAACACCAGCUAUUAAAAUAUAUUUUAGUAGAAAUGCUUUAAUUCAUAUUUUUUUCCUCUACACUGUGAAUCUUUAAGCCUUGGUGGACUAGAGCAACAUCGCGCUGCCCAAAGGACUAACCUAUGCAAACUAGUUCACAUUUUAGUGGAUGUCGCAGUUAAUGUGUAAUAAGACAUUAUUUCCCCUGCAUAAUGUACAACAGCAUUGAAAUGACAUAUUAAGCCUAGCAUCACAUUGUAUAGUAUAGUCACUCACAAACCCUUCAAGGCUACCCUAAUCAUUAACAUUAAUAUUUGUUUAAAAGCAAAUCACCGAUUUAGCUAUUGAAACUACUUGAAUGACGGCAAACCAGGAAUGACAGAUGGCUGUGUCAGCAAUGGCUUUAAUGUGUUCCCUGCAAGUGAUCUCCUAUGAUAAAACUGUGUUCUCAAAUGCACUCUCUUCAGGGUCUUAAUAUUCUGUGUCUUCUCUCUGUAUUUGUAAAACAUUAUAACACAUUAAUUUCCUAUCUCUACACAUUUGGUUUGCUUAAAUAAAUGCAGGAUAUAAAAAAAUGGUUCUACUUCUUGGCUCUCACCGUGGUUUCCUGGAGCAUGGGUUGUUAGAUGUAAGUAAUGCACCCUCAUAAUACCCUGGGUCUGAGUAACAUGACAGCUCACAUCAAAUCACAUCAGAGGUGUGUGCUGGCUUCAGUGUAUUUACAUUGCUGAAUCAGUCAAGAUAUUUUCCUCCCCCAAAUGAACUUAGUUGUAAGUAAUAACAGUAUUAUGCUUUUCCAAGCUCAGUAUCUUUCUGAUUUUAUAUCAAAGCACUGCAACAAUGCUUCAUUGUAGUUAACUUCUUUCAAGAAUAAAUUCCUCAUAUGUCCUCAAUAGUACAGUUCUAAUUUCCUUAUAUUCGUAAGAUAAAAGAAAUGGCUUGGAGCAGAGAAUAGAAAGUGCGCAAAUUGAGUACAUAAAAUGGGAAGAAACUGAUUUCUCAGCUAAGAAAGGCUCAUUUAUCAUAGAACACAAUUGCUUUUUUUUCCCCCCUACGCUUCCGAUAAUUGAAAAAGUGAGUGAUUCCCUAUUUUUCACUCUCACAUAAAUCUAUGCGAUUUGGAUGCUAGUCUUACUGUAUUAUUUUGUAAAAGUUGGUCUUUGGCUCAUAAUCCUUCCUAAUUGUAAAUUGAUAAACUUUGCGGAUGACAUCUCAUAGAAUAAACACUUCCUCCAAA